AUGGAAAGCGUCCCAGGAGAAUACAACAAACGAGUAUACCAAGGGGUGAGAGUGAAGCACACAGUCAAAGAUCUCCUGGCAGAGAAACGGUCCAGACAGACAAGUAACUCAAGAUUCAACGGCAGUGUCAGCUCCUCUCCAUCUCCAUUUUCCCAGAUGCCAGGCUCGCCGGCCUUGUCGGGCUACUACGGCGUGCGGAGGUCCUUCCUGUCAGACUCGGACUUCCCCAACGGCAAGCCGUUCCCGAACGACGGCUACAGCCCCGGCGUGCCGAAGCCGUUCCCCUGCGAGGCGGCGGCGCCGAGCCACACGGCCCUGCUGGAGCCCUGCUUCCCCGAGCCCUACGGAGACGGCCGCGGCCCGGGCCUGGGUCCCGGCGCGGGCUCGCUGCUCGGCGCCUCGCCGCUGCUGCCGCCCUUCCCGGCAGACCCCGCGCACCUGGUGUUCAGGGAUUCCUGGGAGCAGACGGUGCCCGAAGGUCUCAACCAGCCGGAAUCGCUCCCCGCCGACGCCUUGCAGACCCUGCCACCCAGCACCAAUUGCCUCUCACAGCUGGAGCCCGGGAGCGCCAGCCUACACAGGAGCUCCAGCUGGGCGCCCACCCUGCCAGCCACCCACUCCUACUCACUGCAUGCGCUGGAGGAGCUGCACCAUCCGCCUGGCUACCCCACCCCACCUCCCUACCCCUUUGCCCCAUUCAUGGCCAUGCCAAACGAUCUGCCACCCAGGGUGGCACCGCUGGCCCCAGAUGAGGGGGCAGACGCCUCUUUGCUUCCUGACCCUUCUCCUUGGACGAAAGAAGAUGGCAGCACAGUCUGGGGAGCAUACGAAUGCCGCAGACCUUACUGA